AUGGACGAAUUAUUAUGUAAACCUCCUCAUGAGGAACAAACAACGAACGAGACGCACAUCAAAAAGGAGGAGACAGGAGACACAAUGUGGCAACAGGAGGAGCAAACAGACGAGUUAUUCCAGGAAACAUACAGUGAGGGGCAUGGCCGGCAGGAAACGUUCCACACAACCGUACCAAGUAUGUAUCCUGUGAAAAUUAAAAAGGAGGAGACAGAAGAUAUGGCAUGGCAACAGUACGGACAAGAGCAUGAGGUAUUACAGGAAUACAGUGAAGGCCAGGAUACGUAUGGCACCACCCUACCAACUGGUUAUCCUGCAAAUGAGACAAGCAUCAAAGAGGAGGCGACAGAAGACAUGGAAUGUCAGCAAGACCGACAAGAAGACAGUCCAUUCCAUGAAACAUAUGGCGCAAACGUACCCACUCAUUAUCUUGGCAACAGUAGCAUAGAGCAGACAACAUACACGUCACUGCAGCAGGACGUUCUAAGUGAAGAAAUGAGCGAUGUAAACUGUAUCGGGUAUGACGACGAAGUCUUGCCACAGACAACUAUACAGAGCCAUAUAGAACAGGAGGGCAGGCAUAUGACACAACAUACUUUCAUUUGCUGGCAGUGCGGAUACCGUGCAACACAAAGGGACAUCCUGUUGGAACAUAUGAAAGAACAUACCGGUGAAAAACCGUACAAGUGUGACCAGUGUGACUAUUCCGCUGUGCGAAAACACCACUUAGAACAGCAUAUGGCUAAACACACCGGUGACAAACCCUUUGCGUGUGGGGAGUGCGGGUUUAGAACUGCUCAUAUUGCCGCGUUAUCCCGACAUAAGACGACACACAAUGGUGAAAAACCCUACAUAUGUGAGGAGUGCGGAUAUAGGACGGCUAUCAUGGCUCAACUAACCAUUCAUAAGAGAAAACACACUGGCGAGAAACUCUACAAAUGUGACCAGUGUGACUAUUCUUCUAUAUGGAAAUGCAAUCUAGAUCAACACGUUAUGUUGAAACACGCCGAGGAUAAACCGUACCUAUGCGAAGACUGCGGAUACAAGACAGCAAGCAGGAGACAUUUAUCCAAACAUAAGACAACGUGUAAAGGGGAGCGAGGGCCUUUUAAGUGUGGGUACUGUGACUACACUUCUACGGGUAGACACAACCGAGAUCGGCAUGUGAUGAUACACCAUACCGGAGAGAAGCCCUACAUGUGUGGGGAGUGUGGGUACAGAACGGCCGUCAAGUCUUCACUAGCCCGUCACAUGAAAACCCACACAGGUGAGAAACCGUACAAGUGCGACCAGUGCGACUAUUCUGCCGUACAGAAAAGCCACUUAGACGAACACGUGAGAACUAAACACAGUUCAGAUAAAGACCAUAACGGGUCGACAAAUCACACAGAUGAGAAGCCCUACAAGUGUGGCCAGUGCGAUUACAAGACGGCUUCUAGCUCUGCCUUUUCCCACCAUAAGAAAACUCACACCGGUGAGAAACCCUUCGUUUGCGAUGAAUGCGGGUACAGGACCGCUAAAAGUUGGAAUCUAUCCAUGCAUAAAAGAAAACAUACUGGUGAUAAACCCUUCGCAUGUGAUCAGUGUGACUACUCCACUACACGGAAAAAUCACUUGGACCAACAUAUGGCUAAACACACAGGCGAGAAACCAUACGUUUGCGAAGAUUGUGGCUACAGAACUGCAAAAAUUGGGAAUCUUUCCAAUCACAGAAGAAUACAUACUGGUGAGAAACCUUACAAAUGUGACCUGUGUGACUAUUCCGCUGCGAGAAGACAUCAUUUAGACCAACAUAGGGCCAAACACACGGGUGAGAAACCCUACAUGUGUGGGGAGUGCGGGUACAGGUCGGGUGAUAGCGGCAACAUAUCAAGACAUAAGAGAAAACACAAAGUGGUUGACGGCUUUAUAUCUGAGCCUCCUGCUCAAACCCCUCAUACGGAACAAAUUACGAACGAAGCGUACAACAAAGAGGAUGAGACAGAAGACACGGUAUUGCAGCAGUACGGCCAAGAGGACGAGCUACUCCAGGAAACGUACAGUACGGACCAGAACAUGUACGUAGCAACCCAACCAACUGGUUUCCCAGCAAACAAGACAGGAGAGGAGGAGACAGGAGACACGGGAUGGCAUCGGGAAAAACAAGAGGACAAGAUUAUCCAGAAAACGUACAAUGAGGACCAAGAAAUGUACGACUUCAACCAACCAAAUCGCUAUCCCGAUAACGAUACUUACAACAGUGGAGAGCAGACAGCAGACACGGGAGGGCAGCAGGACGUUCGAAGCAGGGCAACGCUUGGUGUAAACUGUACCCAAUCUAAAGAGGUAGUCCCAUUACAUCUACAUGUAAAGGUCCAUACAGAACAAAUGGGUAUGAACAACUUGGGGGAGCAGACAACAGAUACGACAAGGCAGCAGGACAAUGAGGAGAGAAUGGAUGUAGAGUUUGAUCAGCCUGGGAAAGCCUCUUCAUUUCUGCAAUCCCUUGCUCGCGCAGCACAACGUAGGCAGGGGGCAAAAUCUACCCCAUCUCACAUAUGCAAGGACUGUGGAUAUAGGGCACCAUGCGAAGCCAAGCUGACACUACAUGUGCGAACACAUACAGGAGAAAAACCUUUUAAAUGCAACCAGUGCGACUAUUCUGCCGCACAGAAAGGCCACUUAGACGAACACAUAAUUAUAAAACACACUGGGGAGAAACCUUACAUGUGUGAGGACUGCGGAUAUAGGACCGUUACUAUGUACCGAUUAUCCCAACAUAAGAGAAAACAUACAGGUGAGAAACCUUACAAAUGUGAUCAGUGUGACUAUUCCGCUGCACAAAAAGGCCAUUUAGAUGAACAUGUUAUCACAAAACACACCGGUGAGAAACCCUACAUGUGUGAAGACUGUGAGUACAGGACGGCUUACAAGCACCACCUAUCGCAACAUAAGAGAAAACAUACCGGAGAGAAACCCUUCAAAUGUGACCAAUGUGACUAUUCAGCUGCACAGAAAGGGCAUUUAGACGAACACGUUAUGGUUAAGCACAACUGUCAGAAACCCUUCAUGUGCGAUGUUUGCGGAUACAGGACGGCUAAUAGUUGGAACCUGUCCCAACACAGGAAAAAACAUACCGGCGAGAAACCGUACAAAUGUGACCAGUGCAACUAUUCGGCUUUGAGAAAACAUCAUUUGAAGCAACAUAUGGCGAGACACACUGGUGAGAAACCCUACUUGUGCGGGAAGUGUGGAUACAGGACGGCCAAUAGGUGUAACCUCUCACGGCAUAUGGCAAAACAUACAGAGACGGACGAGUUGACAUUUGAACCUCUUAAUGCGGAGCAAUCAAAGAAUGAGACGCACGUCCAAAUGGAGGAGACAGAAGACACAAGAUGGCAGCAAGGUGGUCAAGAAGACGAGCUUUUUCAAGAAACAUGCAAUGAGAGCCAGGGAACGUACAGCGCAAACCUACCAACUGGGCAUCCUGCGAACGAGAUAAACGUGAAAGAGGAGGAUGCAAGACACACAGGAUGGCAACAGGACGGACAAGGGGAGAUGCUGUGUCAGGAAACGUACUGUAAGAACCAGGGAACGCACAGCGCAACUCUAGGAACUGGUUAUCCAACGAGCAAGACAAAAGUCAAAGAAGAGGAGAAAGGGGAC